AUGGCGGGCUGGGUGUCCAAGCCCCUCCGGGCUGCCUCGCCCCAGUGCGUCCGUAGUACCUUGCUUGGAUUUGAGGCUUGGGCCUGGGUACGUGCUCAAGGGGGACCUGCUUUGCACCCCCAGAAUGAGUCCCGCUUUCUUCCUCCAACUGGCCGGACAUGGAGGGAGCUGGUACCCUGGGAGGCGGCCCUGAGCCCCCAGGAGGAGCCGGUGGGGGCCCUGCUGGACCUACUCCGCAGCCCGCAGUCGCCCUGGGCCCUGGAGGAGGGCGCCCACGCGGAGGACGGCUUCCUGAGGGAGCUGGCCGUGCGGCGACCCCUGGCCAUCGGGGAGGCCUUCUUCUACACCUACUUCCGGUCCCUGCGGGUGGUGGACAAAGAGGUGGACGAGGUUGAUAAAGGUCUCCUCAGGUUCCAGAGGUUGGAAGAGCUGGUCCUGAGUGCCAACCGCAUCCGGGAGAUCGACGCUGCCCAUCUGCCCCCGACCCUCAAGGUGCUGGAGCUGUACGGCAACCAGGUGGGCAGUCUGCAGGGCCUAUGUGCCCGGCCACCCCCACUCCUGCAGCACCUGGGGCUCGGCCAUAACGGGCUGCUGGGCACCCUGGACAGCGCCUUCCUCGCCUCUGGCCACUGGCCCAACCUGGUCUCCCUGGACCUGAGCUUCAACGGCCUGACAGGCCUGCAGCGAGUGCUGGCCGGCCUGAGCUCGCUGCCCCGCCUGCGGCUGCUGCUGCUGCAGGGGAACCCGCUGGCGCUGGUGCCCUACUACCGCGGCCUCACGGUGGACAGCUUGGCCCGGCUCUGCGUGCUGGACGAUGUCACCGUGUCCCCCGGCGAGAGGCGCCAGUUCCGGGGGCUGAGCCGCAGCGGGGAGCUGCUGGCGCCAGAGGCGCAGCUCGUGGUGACGAUCGGAAACGCCGUGGGGCUGCCGGACCCCAGCGCCCGGGAGCCAGACCCCGGGCCACAGGGCCCCUUCGUCGCCUACAGCUACUACGUCACCUAUGACUUCGUGGAAGACGAGGGCAGCAGGGGCGACCAGUACGGCAGUGUGCUGGCCGAGAUCGUGCAGCCAUCGCCCUCAGAGCAGCUGGGCGACGACUCUGGGGGCGAGCCGGACGGCUCGCUGACCUCUGCGGAGUCCCCGGGGUCGGAGCCUGAGGAGUCGGCUGUGCUGGCCGCGCUGCCCAAGUCCACCAAUUCGGCAGAGGAACUGGCCAAGCUGCGCCCCAAGAUCGACACCCGGCUGUUCCCAUCCCCAGGGACAGUCCUCUUCAGCACAGCGCACAAGCCCUGGUCCGAGGUGCUGUCCUUCGGCUACGAGAUGCACCACACGCUCUCGGCCCUGGUCCCGCUCAAGGCCUUCCUGCUGUCUGGGACCACGGUGACCAUGGUGGAGGAGAAGGUGUUCCUCACAGCUCCAGAGGGCGGGAAGGCCAAGGCCAGGCUGCCAGGCACAGUCGCCACGCCCUUGGCGCCUGGCCCUGCCCCGUGGCUACCCGGCCUGCGUCUGGGGCUGGUGGCUGCCCUGUCCGCACUCAGGCGCGUUCCCGUUUCUCCAGAAAGGAGGAAAUCCUGGCCUCACGCGCCCGACUUCGCCCCCCAGCCCGAGGCCCUGACCGUGGAGGUCCAGUUCCAGCUGACCCAGUGCCGCUCAGCCGAGGAGGCGCUGCGAGUGGUGACGCUGCUGGGCGCCGACUAAAGGCUGUUCCCACCUGU